GGAGGAGGAGACGGUGGAGGGAGGAGUCGAGGCUCCGGCCAUGACGGACGGGAUACUGGGAAAGGCGGCCACGAUGGAGAUCCCCAUCCACGGGAAUGGGGAUGCAGGACGGCUCCCGGAGGACGACGGGCUGGAACAGCCCCCGCCCGCUCUGGCUUUGCAGGACCUGCAGCAGGUGAUGGUGUCGGGGCCAAACCUCAACGAGACGAGCAUCGUCUCCGGCGGCUACGGGGGCUCUGCCGAGGGGCUCAUCCCUACAGGGUCUGGCCGGCACCAGCCACACAGCGCAGCGCCCCCGGGGCCGGGGGAAGAGGCCGCCCGUGGCAUCGCUGGGGAGAAGUUCGAUAUUGUCAAGAAAUGGGGCAUCAACACCUACAAGUGCACGAAGCAGCUUUUGUCGGAGCGGUUUGGCCGGGGCUCCCGCACGGUGGACCUGGAGCUGGAGCUGCAGAUCGAGCUGCUGCGGGACACAAAACGCAAAUACGAGAGCGUACUGCACCUGGGCCGCGCCCUCACCUCGCACCUCUACAACCUGCUGCAGACCCAGCACGCGCUCGGCGAUGCCUUCGCCGACCUCAGCCAGAAGUCCCCUGAGCUUCAGGUGCCCGGGGAGGAGUUCGGUUACAACGCGGAGACGCAGAAGCUGCUGUGUAAGAACGGGGAGACCCUGCUGGGAGCUGUCAACUUCUUCGUCGCCAGCAUCAACACGCUGGUGAACAAGACCAUGGAGGACACGCUCAUGACCGUCAAGCAGUACGAAACCGCCAGAUUGGAGUACGACGCCUACCGCACGGACCUGGAGGAGCUGAGCUUGGGGCCGCGGGACGCGGGCACGCUGGGCCGGCUGGAGGCGGCGCAGGCCACGUUCCAGACGCACCGUGACAAGUACGAGAAGCUGCGCGGAGACGUGGCCAUCAAGCUGAAAUUCCUGGAGGAGAACAAGAUCAAGGUGAUGCACAAGCAGCUCCUGCUCUUUCACAACGCCGUCUCGUCCUAUUUUGCGGGGAACCAGCAGCAGCUGGAGCAGACGCUGCAGCAGUUCAACAUCAAGCUGCGGCCUCCGGGCUCCGAGAAGCCGUCCUGGCUGGAGGAGCAGUGAGGCCCCCGACCGGCCCGGCCCAGCCGCUCCCCGGGGGCUCCCCGAUCUGCCAAUCUGAAGCCCGGGCCCCAGCCCUUCUACCGGCCCAGAGCCUCCGAGAGGGGCUGGAGGAGGAAGGGGCCGGGGUUCCGGGCCGCCCCCCCCGCCCUCCCCCGAUCCGGCAGCCCCAGGGUGGAGGGCGGCAGGCGCCCCCAGCACGACGGUACUGAAGCCGGGGGGCGGGGGCGGGGGGCCGGGACACAUUCCACACCCCUGGUCCAAGUCCUGUCCCUCCGGUGGCCCCCCGCUCUUUCACUUAGCUCCCCCCCUCCUGAUGCCCCCACAGGGUGAGAUGGGGCACCCUUCCUUCCUCCCCCAUCCCCACCCCCGCCUCCCUAGGCCCCUGGCUUGUGUUUGGAAUGGGAUAGAGUUGGGGAAGGGACCCUGGGGGAGCUGGUCCUCUGACCCACACCUCCUCCUUCCCCGACCUUCACGGAACCAGGGGCGAAGACAAGGCCCGGGCUGGGGUCACUCCCCUCCCCUCAGUCACUCCACUGGUGGGGCUCCUUCCCCCACCUCGUCGAACGGCAUCGCUCCUUGGGCGCGCCUCUCCUCGGCCACUGGCAUCGCACCUUGGGGAUGACCUCCUCCGCCAAUGGCAUGAUUCCGGGGGGGCCCCCCCCUCUCCUUGGCCGACGGCGCCACUCCUCGGGCUCGUCUCCGCCGGCGGCGCUCCGUUGUCGGGGGUGGCCCCGCGGCCGACGAUUCUCCCGAAAGCCAACGGCGCCACUCCUUGGGCCCUCCCGUCGGCCGGUGGCAUCGCUCCCCAAUCCUCCGUGUUCACUGGCCUCCCUGCUGCCUGAUGGGAUUCGGGCUCGCCCCCCUCCUCAGCCCCCUGUAAGUCGUGGGGAAGACGGGAUCCGAUGGGAGGAGGGGGUGGGGGGACCGAGAGCCCCCGCCCCCACCCCGGUGACCUGUGGAUGUGUGUCUGUAAUGUCCGUCUCUCCCAUUCCGUGUGGCUGUCUCUGUGCCCAGUUCCCCCCGCCCCCCGACAGCUCGCCCGGCAACACUACAGAGGAAGCAGCUGGGUGUUUCCUCCAUAAUUUAAUCCUGGGGUUGUCCCCAAGAACUGUUGUGUUGUCCCCCCACAGAGCCCCCUCUGCCCCCCAUCUCUUCCCCCUUUCUGUAAAGAGUCUAAAUAAAAUGUACAAAACCCAGCAGUGUAAUAACCCCGGACAUCGGUGAAUAAACCUUUAAUAAAA